AUGAUUACUUUUGCUCAGAGAUGGCCACUUGUCCAAUUCAUAAGUCUUAAAAUAAGGAGGCUCUUCAUCUCAAUAACCUACUAUAUUAAAGCUCUUCAAAAUUUUUGUGAGAUUGCUUCAGCCAUUUUUGCAGAACACUAGUAAUAGUAUAAAAUUUAUAUGGAACCUGCUCUACAUAACCAAGCAUCAAUUUAAAAUGUAUAUUAAUUACUUCAUAUGAAUAGCAACUUUUACUAAGACCUUACUUCAAAACGAGUUAAAGAAAGAAGCAUAGGUGAUGCAUACGAUAGAGUACAAUAAUGGAGAUAUUACUUCAGAAAUGGAAUUUAAGAAAAUGGAAUUUUAAAAAAGGUCACUUUAAAAGAGGCUGCUGAUUUAGUCUAGGUUCCUAAAAAGACUUUAGAAGAUUACAUUCAAAUUUUUAAUAAGGCCGCAUUAAUUAUCAAUAUUUAAGAGAUUACAGAAAAAAAGAUGGGAUAUUUAAGAUCAUAUAUGAAAAAAAAUAAAUCCAAAAUUAGAAAAGCUAUGAUUCAGCAAAAACAAUAGAAAUUUGAAGAAAAUCUCAAAAAAUAAAAUUAAGAAGUUUAUGAAAAUACUAAAUCAAAUAAAAACGAAGAUGAAUCAAUAACAUCUCCUUACCCAUACUAAUAAAAUAUUCUAUCUGAAAUUUGUGAUGAUUAGAACGAUUGGGAAUAAUACAGUAAUAAUAUUUUCAAAAUAUUUCCAAAUCCCCACUUUGAUUGA